UUGACUCCGGCCCAAGAACUCCGGAAGGCGACUAAACCACUGAUGGAGAAGAGACGUCGCGCGCGAAUCAACCAAUGUCUACAAGAACUCAAGGAUCUCAUACUCGAGGCACUCAACAAAGACCCUGCCCGGCACAACAAAUUGGAGAAAGCCGACAUUCUCGAAAUGGCAGUCACCCACCUCAAGAACGUCCAUCGACAAGCUCUCCAAACACCCCCGCCGCCGGCUGAAUCCGUCGGAAAGUACAGAGCGGGCUUCACCGAAUGCGCGAAUGAAGUCUCGCGUUUUGUGAAUAAUGUCAACGUUCUACAGCCCGAAGUCAAACAGAAACUGAUCGGGCACCUCUCGUCUUGUAUCAACACCUUGGACGCAUCCCCGAUAACUCCGGCGCUAGGCUAUCCCACCGUGCAUUCCCCCACGAGUCAACUCGAGCUACAAAACGGACACGGCGUUUCGACACCCCCACUUUCUUACUCCCCUUUCCCACCGAAUUCUCCAUCUUCGAACCGGUCAUCUCCUCCGGUCGUCCCCGCUCAACUAGUCGCGUUCCCGGGAAUGCUUCCACCACUCAACCAAGAUCUCAAUAACAACAAUACCGAUUCCAUGCACCACGACAUGGACAUCGGUGGGGACGAAGACGAUGCCCCGCUGGACUUUUCGAAGAAAUACUCUCCGACGCAUCCUGGCACAACGGGUGGAUUCCCCAACCCUCGGAAGAAAUAUCUGGCCUCAGUCAGCAGAGGCUCGUCAUCCUCCUCAUCGGAGGAGAUGCCGCACUCGUCGAGCGAUAUCGAAAUGCACUUGUCCCCUUCUGAACCUGUGAACUAUUCAAAAAACGUGUAUCGGGGAGCUUCGGCUCCCCGUUUUAGUUUCGAUGGUGAACACCGAUUCUUCAUAUGCGACGAAGACGAUGAAGACAUGUGGAGACCCUGGUGA